AUGUUGGGGCGAAUCGUGAAGCUCUCAUCAUCAGCUCGGAACCCUGGACUCUGUUUGGUUCAUGAGCAGCGGUUGUUCUCCACGGCGGCAACGCCGUAUAUGCUACUCCGCAGCAGCAACGCGGUGGAAGAAAGGCUCGUGAGCAUCGACUGUUUCGACCCGAGGAAGCAAGAAACGGUGAAGAUCCCGGUACCGGAAGAGAUGCAGGAGUCGGUGACCAUAGGAUCGUCGAGGGGAUGGGUGUGUCUGAGAAACAUACACGAUUCCAGUGUGCGACUGACCAAUAUCUUCAACCCUGCCGCUAAGGUUGUAUCCCUGCCUCCUCUGCCUCCUGCGAAUGUAGUUAAAGUUUCCAACAUGGCUCUCUCAGCCUCCCCUGACGAUGAACGAUGCGACUGUGUGGUGGCCGUCAAGUUCCUUGCCGCGACGAUCGGUCUGUGCCGACCUGGUGACUCCGGGUGGACAUACAUCCAGACCCCCGAGGUCCCCGCCGAAAAGUCAAACGUCAUGUAUUCUGUCACAGACCAAAAGUUCUAUCUCAACACCUGCCACAGUCUCAGCACCACUAGCUCCAUCUUUCCUCCGGUGAGCCCCUAUCCGAGAUUCCACAGUAAAGAGAAUGUGGGGCUCCUGAGUCUGUCCUGUCGCGCCAUGCCCUACUUGGUGGAGACACCUUCCGGCCAACCCUUGCUCGUUUUCUGGUUCAAGGAGAAGUCUGGCUCUGACCCUGAGAAAAGCGAGAGUAGUUUCCUCGUCCAUGAUCUCCGCAAGAGUCGUCACACACGCGACAUUGGCGACCUCUGCAUUUUCCUUGGGGACAAGAACGAGGCGUUUUGCGUCUCUGCUACUGACUAUCCUGGCCUACACCCAAACUCUGUCUACUUUGGAAGCUCUGACUCUGGCUUGGGCUUCUUCGACCUCGCCUCCCAGACUCUCCAUCACCUCACCGACUCCACUACCCCUGACUCCAUGUGGCUUGCUCCUCUCCACUAA